CUACAAGUAUAAAAAGCGAGGAAAAGCAGGGGUUAAAACUUUGCCGGUAUUCUUAUCUGCAAGUUUGAAUCCGCAAAUCAACGUUUUAACUCUCACCAAGGAUGAGCUUGGAUUCAUACCGGUCCGCGAAUUCUGGCUCCAAGUCGAAGCGGAGCAUCAAUUCAAACCCUACGAACAGCAAUAGCAGUAGUAAAAGGAAGAAGACGACCCAGAAAACACUAGGCAUGUCUUGGGGCGCCAAUUCGCGCUCUUCUUCAAUCGCUACAUUUAGCCGCUCCCCUUUCGCGGAUUUCGGCAGUUACAUGUCAGUGAAGAACCGGAAGCUACAUGAUCAGUUUGAUGCCGAGGCUUCGAGCUCUUCUUUCAGUGGCACUAGUUCUUCAAAGGAAUCAAGGCCUAUCUUUCAUGGUGUUUCAAUUUUUGUAGAUGGAUAUACUGUUCCGUCCAAUCAGGAACUUCGAGGCUAUAUGUUGAGGUAUGGAGGGAAAUUCGAAAAUUAUUUUUCAAGGAAGAGCGUUACUCAUAUAAUCUGCAGUAAUCUCCCUGAUAGCAAAAUCAAGAAUGUGAGGUCCUUUAGUCGAGGACUUCCAGUAGUUAAACCUGCCUGGGUGCUAGAUUGUAUUGCUGCGAAUAGACUUUUGAGCUGGGUACCUUAUCAACUGGAUCAAGUUGCAAGUGAAGCUAAUAACCAGCCAAAAUUGUCUGCUUUCUUUACCUCAAAGAGUUCCUUACCCCCUGCUAUUAUAGAAGAAAACUCCCCUGAUCAGGUAAUAUCUAAGGUUGAGAUACCAUUGAUGGAAGGAAGCCUCACUGAGAGUGGUCAUUCUUCUGGAGUGAGGGGCCCUGCAGAUGCAAACACAUGCAAUAAAAAAUCUAUGCAUCCUGGUCAUGCAAACUCUACAGGAACUGAAGCUGAAGAGUCAUCUUGCAGUGGUAACGAAAGCUUCAAUGCUUACCACCAUAGCCCUCUCCACGCUUCUGGUUGCCAGAAUGAGAUGGUUAUGGAGUCUUCUGUUUUAAAAGCUCAUAGUCCUAAUAAGCAGCACUCAACUGGAAUGGAUGCGAAUUUUGUAGAAAAUUAUUUCAAGAGUUCGAGGUUGCAUUUUAUUGGUACCUGGAGAAACCGGUAUCGUAAGCGUUUUCAGAACCCUAGUGAUGGACUUAGAUGCAAUACUGUAAUAUCAUCUGAAGAACCUCAGGCCACUUCUAUAAUUCACGUGGACAUGGAUUGCUUUUUUGUAGCAGUGGUUGUAAGGAACCGCCCUGAGUUGCAGGGAAAACCUGUUGCUGUUUGUCAUUCAGAUAAUCCACGUGGAACAGCAGAAGUUUCUUCUGCAAACUAUCUGGCCAGGAGUUAUGGAGUUAAGGCUGGAAUGUUUGUUAGGGAUGCAAAAGGUCUCUGUCCUCAAGUCAUCAUACUUCCUUAUGACUUUCAAGCAUAUGAGGAGGUCGCUGAUAUAUUUUAUGACAUCUUGCAUAAACACUGCAAAAAAGUGCAGGCCAUCAGUUGCGAUGAAGCAUUUCUAGAUGCAACUGACUCAGGUGUGGAGGACAUUCAAGCUGCUGUCAGUCUGAUUAGGAAGGAAAUUGUUGAGAAGACAGGUUGCACUGCAAGUGCUGGUAUUGCUGGAAAUAUGCUUAUGGCCCGUCUUGCUACAAGAACUGCUAAACCAGACGGGCAAUGUUAUAUCCCUCCUGAGAAGGUUGAAGAGUAUCUGCAAGACCUUCCAGUAAAAGCCCUCCCUGGAAUUGGUAAUUUCUUGGAAGAGAAACUGAGAAUCAGACAAGUUACAACUUGUGGGCAGCUGCGGAUGAUAUCCAAGGAAUCACUCCAUAAAGAUUUUGGUCUAAAAACCGGGAAUAUGCUAUGGAACUACAGUAGAGGGAUUGAUAACCGGCUGGUUGGGGUCCCUCAGGAAAACAAGUCAAUAGGUGCUGAUGUCAACUGGGGUGUGAGGUUCAAGGAUUUGAAAGAUGCUCAUCAUUUCUUAAACAAGCUCUCUGAGGAAGUUUCAUUGCGUUUGCAGGGAUGUGGCGUUAAAGGCCGCACUUUUACCCUUAAGAUAAAGAAGAGGAAGAUUGAUGCUGGGGAGCCAACAAAAUAUAUGGGUUGUGGAAUGUGUGACAACAUGAGCCACUCUACAACGGUGCCAAUGGCUAUAGAUGAUGCUGAUGUGCUUCAUAGGAUAGCUUCUCAGCUCUUUGGACAUUUCCAAAUAGAUGUAGAGGAUAUAAGAGGCAUGGGCUUGCAAGUUACAAAACUUGAAAUGGCAUAUAAUGCUAAACAAGGUAAUGAGAAGAAUUCGAUCCAUGCUUGGCUUUCUUCUACCAUGGCAAAGGACAGUAAUCUGGCAAAGGAUGGUGAAACAGAUAAUGGUAAACAAAGUAUUGAUAAAGGCAUUGCCCGUUCGGGCAGCGAUAUAGUGGGACCUUUGGUGCAAAGGAAUGCUAGGUCAUCUACUAGUGAUGUUGGUAAUAGACAAGAUGCUGAGCUCCCUCCUAUGCACGAUCUUGAUGUGGGUGUUAUAGAGUCUUUUCCUCCUGAGCUUCUUUCAGAAUUAAAUGACAUGUACAAUGGGGAACUAUUGAGGUUUAUGUCUAAAAAGAAAAACAUCAUUGCUGAUAUAUGCCCCAAAAGUUUCAAAGGUACACUCAAUAUGGAAAAUACCCAUUAUUCUAGUUAUGUUGGCUCAUCAGAGAAAGUUUUGACCAGUUGUCAGGUUAGUCCAUCUAAAGAGGAAGAAGUCCAAGCAACCUCUUUCUGUAAUAUACUGCCAGUUGAUGAGAAAACUGGACCCAUUUCAUGUGUGAUGCCCUCUUCUUUAAGUCAAGUGGAUACCUCCGUGUUGCAGCAGUUGCCUGAGGAGUUGAAGGUUGACAUACUUGAGAACCUUCCAGCACAUAGGACUUUUGAGCCACCCUCAGAUGCUUCCUUUAAGUGUGUUGACAACCAGGUCAAUGAAUUCUGGAUUGGAGAUCAACCUAAAUGGGUUGACAAAUUUAAAGUUAGUGAUUGCAGGGUUUUGAACGUUUUAGCUGAAGUCUAUUGUAAUGCAAGUCCAAAAAACAUGCUAUCGUCUGUACUGCAGAAAUUUAUAUCAGUGAUAUGUAUCCCUGAAGAAGUGGAUGAUAGAUGGCCUGAUUCUAUCUAUUGUAUCUAUGAACUUGUCAAGCAAUAUAUUGUAUUAAAAAUUGAAACAGAUAUCGAAGAGGUUUAUGUUUGCUCUUGCCUUUUAAGAAGGUUGGCUGUAAAGUCAAAAGUGUUCCAUGAAGUUUACAACAACCUCCUUCCUUUCCUUCAGGCACGGGUUAUCGAGAACUACGGGGGAACUCUACAGCUGUUUUGUGUUUAGGACUAAUAUAUUACUCCACACAUGGCCUCUGCUUUUAUCAAAGAGUUGGCAAGACCUGAUUAUCAGAACACCACCUCCUGAAUUCCAUCUGCUGCAGUUUGUCUGGAUCUGGGGUAUGGGGACGCCGACGAGGGAGAUGGUGCAUAUAUUCUACGGCCUGAAACAAGCAUCAGAUACUGUAUUGUGGAAGACAAAAGAGUUGUGUGUUGUCUGGUAGCUCAAACAAAUGAGAUGGCACGAUCUCUUGACAAUGGCUUGAGAUACCAGGUCUGAUUGAGCAGAUGGGCCUUCAGCCCAACGUGUAUCGGAUUAUCAUCGUUGUAUACUGGAAAGACAAAAGGAAUUUUUAGUACACCAAAAAGGAAAAUACUAUCACACUUUAUUUUCAUUUUUGAAAGUUUUGUUUUUAAAUUGUCUAUGUAUAGCAGUAUAGUUAUCUUUUCAAUAGCAGACUAUAUGUAUAUACACAAUAUAUAUCAAUAUAUGUAUAGACAAUCUGGACUGCGGAUACAAAACUUGAAAUCUUCUCCUCCGGAUUUGUAAUGUGAAUAGAUAGUAUUGGAGCUUGCCUCCUGAGGACACACAAGCCUGGGAAUCGUAUCAACAAG